CGCGUUUUGGACUCCUGUUUCCACCCGCCGGUGGACUCCGAAAACUUUGGAAGGAAAAGUUUUUGCCCAAUCUCUUCUCCUCUCUCUCUUCCCAUCCCAAUUGGGCUAUCUCCCCAUACACCGAAGAAGAUUCCGGCGGCAUACGAUGCUGGGGGAGGAGAUGGAGUCUUGCUUGUCGACGCCCUUUGGCUCGUUCAUCGAGACCGACACCGAUUCCUCCUUCAAGGAGUCCCAGUCGGGGACUCCCCUAGCAGCCGUGGCUGAGGCCUUCGAGGAGCUAGCGAGGUCGCUGGAGACCAGUUCCGAGGACCUCAAGGUCUCCGCCUUCUCCAAUGCGUGCUCUCUCGUCUCCGUCCUCUUUGGUUGCCUCGGCUUCGCGUUCAAGUUCGCCGAGAUGGAGUACGUCUCCAAGGUAAAUGACCUCAUUGAAGCAUCAAAGAUGUAUGAUACAUUAACUAAUAUCCUAGACCAUGAUGUCGAAUGUGAUACAGUAAGAAAGCAAGGAAGCCAUUCGCGUAAUUUGCGUAGAGUCAGGCUAGGUCUUGACCUCAUCAAAGUUUUGUUUGAAAGAUUUUUGUCGUCUGAUGAAUGCUCACUAAAAGAGGCUGCUUCAAUUGCUUAUGGACAAGUUUGUGCACCAUUUCACACCUGGGCAGUCAGGAAGGCAGUUGGUGCGGGGAUGUGUACUCUUCCCACAAGGGAACAGCUAUUAUUGAGGUUAAAUGAAACUGAUUUUGGCUGUCCAUUGGACACCUCACGGGCUUCCACUCUUGCCGCAGAAAGCUCUGUACAAAAGGAAAUGAGAAGAUAUAUCGACGCUUGUAGUCCCAUUAUAGAAUACAUCGACAAUUUGUUCCUUUCAAGAAAUAUUAGCUUAGACUGGUGACGUGACUAAAAUGUUUUUUUUUUUUUAAGGGUGUUGUUAGCAAUUCAUCAUCUAUUGGAGCGCUUCAAUCCCAAUAGUUUUUGUCACUGGGAGCCUGCUUCACAACAUCUCUAAUUCAUUAUUAUUUUUUCUUAGAUCCCUGAUUUAAUGUAAAAUAUAUGUACCAUUUACUGUAAAAUUUGGACUAUUUUGUACGACACUGAACCAUAGUUGCUGCUUGCUUCUUCAGUGAUAGCUGUUGCCACACAUGUUUGCUAUUGAUGGAUCACA